GAGCGACUGAACUAUAUUUUUUUGUUGUACUAUCGCCUUUGUUUGCCGGUGUUUAUUGUUGGGAAAUGGAAAACUUGCUUCCUACAUGUCAUGUUUUGUCUUCCUGUGUAUAAUGAUGAACAUGGAUUGUUCAAAGUAUGCUCAAUGUAUGCGUAAAAGAAUCUACUGACACGGUGGUUUUCCUUGUUUUAUGUUCAUUGUCCUGUUUUUGUGGUGAGAGUGACUGAAUCGUAUAAAAUGGCCUCUGGUUACUUGUGUUUUUGUUUGGAAAUUGAAAAAAAAGAAUAAUGCUCAAGACUGCAUCUUCUUUUCAUCUUCUGGCGCUAUUUGUCCGGCAAGAUAGUUUGUUCAAAGUUUGUACACAAAAUUUGAGCUGGGUAUUCUUCUGCUAGACAAUGGAUUUGCAAGCUCUCCUGUGCGAGAUCAACAGAUUGGAAGUCCGAGACUUCUUCCGAGUUUGCAAAAUUGGAAUGGACAAGCAGUUAGCCCCCAGAUGAAGGCGUUGAGCGAACUGGAGUUUAGAAAAGCAUUUCUCAUUCUAAACUACAUUGGGGAAGGAAAUCUUGAAGAUGCCAUAGACAGUGAUAGGAUUAGACAGCUGAAAGAUCUCAGAAUGUUUGAAUUUGAGGCAGCAGUCUGGAAUGCCAUUGGACAGUCUCAUGUCGAGAAAGAUGACCGUUGUCUGCAUGUUGACUGGGAUUCUGGAAGGACACACUUCUACCAUUGUCACGUUUCACCUCAGGGGUGUUAUCAUUUUAAAGGACCUUACCUUAAUAAUACGAGAACACUUCUACAAAAGGCAUUAGGAGAUGAGAAUGUUCUCCUUGUCAAGUUGGCAGAAGAGAUGUCGGAUGAUACUCUUACUAUGUAUAGAAAGAUUGCAAAGGAAGGGAUUCCUGUUGGUUUGCGUCAAUACAAGUUCUUCGUGUUUAAGGAUGGAGGCAAAGAAGAGAAAAAAAGCGACCCUACUACAUCCGCUGUGAGGUGUUACUUUGUUUGCAUGGAGUGCGAGGCACUUAAAGAAAAGAAAACAGUACAUGAAGCGAGAUGCUUCUUCAUGCAUGCACAUACAGUGUCCAGCAUAUCCCGCUACAUGAGACAGUUGUCUCUUGUCUUGUCCAAGACCGUUAGCUUGGAAGUUGACUGGAAUCGAGUGACGAUUGAGAGAAUUAAGGAUAAGGAUUGCAAGCAGGAUAAAGAGGGAAAUUGCAUCUAUGAUAAGAACGGAAAGCCACUUAUACAUACUGAUGGAACUGGAUUUGUUUCCGAGGACAUAGCUUUGAAGUGUCCUGGAAAUAUUUUCAAGGGAAGAGGUGUGAUUGCUCCUGCUUUUGAGGUUUGUGACCUGUGGAUAUGGGCUAUCGUAUUAAUGGUAUCUUCCUCUUGCUAUGCAAGAGAAACUGAUCUUCAAAAAUAAUGACGACGAUAAAAAAGGAAAACUGGUAGUAUGUAAUGACGUCAUUUAUGGUUAAUGGUGGGUUAUAUCUUUAGAUGGUAUAGUCAUGAUGACACUGUAAUGGCAAUACUACAUUUGGCAAAUAGGAUGAUGCU